UUAUAUCGUCAAGCUGCACGUUUUUCCUUGUCGUGUAGAUACACGAGUACACUACGAUGAUACGGAUCAUGGGAUGCCCUUUCAGAAGCAUUAGUACGAUAAAUAUUCUCACAAGAAAAACGGCAUUGCAAAGGUGUUUCUCACACAACAGUGUGUCCUUAUGGUGCCGUCAGAGCAAAGACAAGUCACAAAAACUGUUUACCUGGAUAAGAAGUAGCAUAUCUCAUCACACAAAGGUCUCAAGUUUAUCAAAAGGAUGCCGAAAGUUUCUUACUACUGAGGCUUUAGCUGCACCUGCAACAGCUGAAAUCUCACCACAAGCAACUAGAAUAACAGGUGUUCGUAAAGAAGAACUUUUUUUCUGCAGUUCCAACCAAGACAUCACUCUAACGCAAUUCAAGUGGAUCUGGUACAUGGAAUAUGCUCACAGAAUGUGGGGUCGUAUGGUUGGAGCUGUGUUCUACCUUCCUGCUGCAUAUUUCUGGUACAAAGGCUGGUUUAACAGAGGAAUGAAGAUUAGGGUGGGAGUGUUUGGGGCUCUGAUAAUGUGCCAGGGUUUGUUAGGCUGGUACAUGGUGAAGAGUGGACUUGACGAGGAGCUUAUCAGCAAGACAGAGAUCCCCCGUGUCAGUCCAUAUCGACUUGCCGCUCAUCUUUCAUUGGCUUUUAUUUUGUAUGCGGGUCUGAUAUGGUGUGGACUGAGUCAAUUCAUUCCUAGAGCAAGAUAUGUCUUGACACCACAAAUGAGACGCUUCAGAAUGUUUGCACACACUUGUAAGGGAUUUGUUGGGUUCACAGCUUUUUCAGGUGCCUUUGUUGCAGGCCUGGACGCUGGGCUGGUAUACAACUCUUUUCCCAAGAUGGCCGAUCGAUGGAUUCCAACUGACUUGUUUGCUCUUGAACCAAAGUGGAAAAACUUCUUUGAAAACCCAACCACAACCCAGUUUGUUCACAGAAUUCUUGGAACUACAACCGUAUCUUCCAUCGCGAUCUUGUUUCUUCUUGCGAGACCGCUGACAUUGCCGGGUAGAGCCAACAUAGCCUUGAACUGUUUGCUGGGAAUGUCCGCUUUACAGGUUAGCCUUGGUAUCGCCACACUGCUGUACUAUGUACCAACCCAUCUAGCUGCCAGCCAUCAGGCUGGAGCUCUGUCGCUGUUAACAAUUGCUGUCUGGCUCACUAACGAACUCCGUAAGCCACUUGUACCUAAGUAAGAUGUGCUUGUGCCACAGGGAGCCCAUAUCGACACUGGCUAUCCUGCGCGCGCUCUUGACGGUACGGCGAAAAUUUCAACUACAAUGAUAAAAUCAAUGCGCUGGUUUCAAGACUUUAUGGCACCUCCCAGCGAUGAGGAGUGUUAAAUAGAGACAAGUGAAGACGUCGAUUCACCGGCCAUGUUGGCACCUCUGCUAUAUGGACACUCGCUUGUGGCUCCAGGCCUGCAGCCAUUGAUGCGUAACCUUAGCAGUGACUUAUCCGGCCUUUUAAAAGCUAUUCCCGUGAUUUAACGGACACAGAGGCCUUUUGAAACCCAUCAGUUCUUCCUAAAUUUAGCCCGCGUAUAGCAGUGUGUAAAAACGUGUAGUAGCCUAGAUUUCUUACAUUUGAGUCUCGUCACAGAUGUGUCCAGUUCACAGCUUUCUGGUAGUACUGCCCCACAUCGAGCUAACAAAGUGUAUUAAGGCUUUCAAAUCAGUAGAAUGUAAAAAAAUACAAACAUGAGAGUGUGACCACAUUAUCAUUAACUUCAUGGGGGGAGUUAUCAUUUUACUCCCUAAAAUGAAACUUCUCACCUGUAUUUUGACGUCAAUAUUUGUUCCUGUACCAAGGAAACUGUGUAGCCUAGGUUCGAAGAUUUUGUUACUUUUCUGUACGUUUUAUGAACGUUGUUAUGGUUUUCGUGCGCUAAGAAUUAUGGGUAAAUGUACCAGUCGCCAUCUUUUUUCCUACGGAGGAUUGGUUUCAUGUGAGCGACUGGCUGCAUAGACCUUUUCACUGUUUCUGACGCCAUCUUGCUUGGGGAACAAACACAGGAAAAAUUUCAGUAAAUGUAAGGGAAAAGAAAAAGUUCGAUCUCCAAUAAGUUGAGAGUGAUUGACCUUACCAGUAUUUUAUGAGUUACAAGGAAAAUGUACCCAACAGAACGGUUUUUUGGGUCAAACUUAAAGAAGAUUUGUUGUCAGGCGAGGAAUUGUGCUUUGAAUUUUUCAUACAAAUGUCUCUUAAGUUUUCCGCGAAUUGCGACUUCGUUUUGCAGACUAACGUAUGGAAAAAUGAAAACCAUAAUUGUGGCUUUUCUAACGAUGCUAUUUUCCUCAAAUGUGAUUUGUAAAUGCGUUUACCUAGUAAGUGAGUUGUUAGUAAAUAAGAUUCUCCAUUUUCUCCAA